AUGCCCAACAUCUUCUCCGGCUUCGUCACCAAGACCGGCGUCAUGCGCAAGACCAUCACCGUCACCGUCCACCGCAAGUUUGAGCACCCCAAGCUCCUCAAGACCAUGCACCGCACCACCAAGAUCCUCGUCCACGACGAGCAGGAGACCGCUAGGAUAGGCGACAGCGUCACGAUCCUCCACGGCCGCGCGUUCUCCAAGCGCAAACACUACAACCUCCAGUCCAUCGACCGCAGGGCCCACGUCGUUGGCCAGGCCGACGCCCCCGCCGUCGAGGCUGUCGAGACCGCGACCGCGACCCCAGCACAGCAGUAA